UUGUUUGUUUCUUUGUUUGUCCCUCAACAGAUCAAUCUGAUCCAACUCAGGACCUCUUUGGACGCCACCAUAGCUUCAGUUUCUCCAAAUCAACAAAUUCUUGAAUCUUGAAAACCCCAUUUCUCUCCUCAAGGUAUCUCUCUAACUCUAUACUCCAAUUCUCUCUUUGUACUCAAUAGCCAUGUACAACACUUGUGUAAGCUCAACUCUCUCGCUAAAAUGCGAUGGGGGUGCUCCCUUUUCAUUCAAUGGUUAUACUUACUGUACCAAAAAUAGGUUUAGCAAAUACCCUUUAUGCAAUUCCCCAUCUUUCUGCUGUUCUUGUUGUUGUUCUGCAAAUUCAAUGCAUAGAGUGCCACUUGGCCCUAGCUAUGCCUGUGGUUUGAGGCAAUCCACUUUGAUUCAGUGGCCCCCUUGUAAAAAAAUGAUCUUGAGGAGUUUAGAUAGGUGCAAUGCCGAUUUCCCGGGUUUCGGCAUUGAAAGAAAACUUUACUAUGAGAAAUCUUACUCCUUGAACAAGAGAAGUGUGUGUAGAAGAGAGAGAUUUGGGUGUAUGGGUUUUCAGGAGGAGAAAAGUGAAAUGAAAAUGCCUAGUCUUUGUGAUGUCGACGAGGCUGAGGUUUUGCUCGAUUUGCUUUGCGAGGAUUUGGACGAGGAGGAGUGUGUAGAUUUUAGGGGGAGGAAUGGAAGGUCUUGGAAGAAAAGGGUGGUGCAGAUUGAAGAGAAUAAUGUUGAGAAUAAUUGCAUUGAUAAGAAGAAGGGUGGGAAAUUUGGUGCGGAUAAAAAGUCGUUUGAGGUUGAGUCGAUGGUGUGUGUGUCGAUGAAGGAAGAUAAGACAAAAAAUGAGCAUAGGAGAGAAAAAGAGAAAGAUGCUUUAGUGAGGGGAGAGAAGUCGCGGAGAAAUGCUCGGGAGGUUUUGGGGCGAAAUUUGGUCAUACAAAGUCAUGGCACGAGGGUGAGGGGAGAAGAUAACGAGGCUUUGUCGAGCGGUGAGAAUCAAGAGGCGAGUGUUGUGAAGGACGAGAGGGAAUAUUUUUUAAGAAAGAGUAACAUUGAAAGGGAGAGGAGAGAAGAGAGGGAAGAUUUGUCAAGAAGAGAGGAUCACAAGCAAAAAGUGAGAAAAGAGGGGUCUAGCUGUUCUUCAUACUACUCGCUUUCUUCAACAGGCGAGCUAGACAGUGAUAACGAGAUGCCGAUUGAGCAAGAGCAAAUUCAAGGUGAAUUGUCAAACACGAAUGGAAGGCAUUCAAGGAGUGAAGAAUUUACUCGUUAUGGGGAAGUAGGGGAACGAGUUGCGAGGCAUGAGGAUUGUUCCCAAGAACAGGGAAUGAUGAUCUCGAGUAAGGAAGAUACUUUAGCGGGAUCGUAUGUAGCCUCAGCUGACAUAGACGGUAGCUGGAGAAAGAAAUCAGAGAAGAGGCUUACUGACGUAUCAAUUGAAGAUAAUGAAUUCAGGAAGGAAUCAUCACGGAAACAAUCAAGGAUUUCGGGUGUCCAUGAAAGUAACUAUGGGAAGGAACUUAGUUCCUCCGAGGCAUAUGAUGAUAGGAAACAGAAAUUAACCUCGACUGUGGAUUUUGAUCGGUCACGAAGACUGCAGCAGAGGCAAACAGUAACUGAACAGUCCGAGACCAGAAUGAAGCAUAAGCAAUUUCUAGAAAUGCCAGUAAACCGUGAUCCUACUGAAACCAUGACUCGAAUGGAGGAAGCUAGAGAUGAAAAUCGUAAAACAACUGAUAUCGUUCAAAGGGAAGAUGAAUCUCGGAAGCAUUCUCAAAAAAUUAGUAAAUCACAAAUUCAAGAAGUUGAUGUUCGAGGGACAUUCACUGGAGAAAUAGAGUCUAGCAUUAGAAAAACAAGCAGUGCAGUUUCUUCAUCUAGAGGUAGGAGUUCUACACAUAUCACAGAUGAGCAACACAACCGAGCUAGUGAGGUCACCGAGCAGGUGGCCUCCAGAGGGAAAACGCAACAACUGGCUAGAGAUGAACAUAUACUAAGUACUUACAUUUCGCAGAGGCAAUCAAAGACAAGAUUGACAAAUCAGGAAGAGUAUAAGACCCACUCUCUCAAGUCAUCUCUAGAAUCCAGAGGGGAAUCUUCCCAAACAAGUGUAGAAGGUACUAGGAGUACGGAAUUUUUGAAGGGGUCUGAACAAACUAUAGCUUUAGGGGAUGCAAGGGAAGGCCUUGUGGCUUGUCAAAAUGAUGUCAACAUUGUUAAUGAAAAUGAGAUGAAUAAAAGAAUGUCACAGGCCUAUUCAUCUUCUCAAUUGUUAUCAAGUUCUUCGACUGUUGAAUCAAUGAGUGGGUUUGCAGCACAAAGGUUUUCUCCUUCAAGUGCACAAAGUGGUUCUAGUGAGAAACCAAUGGAGCAUUCCCGAGAUAGGCCACACCUACUGCAGCAAGAAACAUAUGGUGAGGUCAAAAGGGAUGAGACUAGUGGGGAACUUUUAGAAUUUGUUUCUCCAGAAGAUGGACUUGGUUCAGCCAAUCGAUUGCAGAAGUACUCUGCAGAAUAUGUUGGUGAAUUUGUUGAGAAAGUAAGGCAUGAAGUCUCCAGUUCUGAAAUUGAGAAAAGAUCCUUUGAGACGGGUGAGCAACAUAACCAGAAAAUAUUCAGUCAGAAUGAACAAGAAUCUCAAUCAAAAGAGCAAGAUUCUACAAGUUCUUUAGGCUCCAGGGCUGCAGGCCCCUCAGAUGAAAUGUGGGUAACUCAACCACCCUCAAUUCAGGAAUCAGCACCCUCUAUUGAAGAAACAUCAGGAACAGAAUUAAAGGAUGACACACAAACAGUUGGGAGUGCUGAGAUCAAGAGAACUGGCCAGUCCAUGUGGCAUAUGAUUGCAGAUAUAGUUCGAAUGCGGUGGAUUUCACGUUCUGGUAAGCAUGCUUCAACUUCAGGAUCUGGUGGAACAAGUUCAUCGCAUCAUUCUACAGGUAGUGAGGCCCAGAUUUCAGGUCAUGUACCUGAGGGCAGCGACAGUGAGAGUGUAAAGAAGGAAAAGCGGUUGCUACAAAAAUCUUCCUCUGAAAUGCAUAAAAAAGAAAAGGUUCAAAUUCAAAGCGAGGGAGAAGUAUCAAACUUAUCAAGGGACCAAAUAAAGCCUGAAUGGGAGGACGCAUCAUCUUCCAUUUUGCCAUCUACAAGUAUUUCUUCGGCAUCGAACGAAGAAACUUUGCAAAAGACUGUUGAAGGCACCUCCGCCGGCACUGUGAUUGCAGAAUUAUCAUCUCCAUCACCUGCCAUGUCUGUGAGACCACCUGCCUUAGACAAGACUACAGGGGCUGGACAAGCUGCAGCAUCUAGCAGUAGAACAGAGCAAGUAGUUCCUUCAGCUUCAACUGAAACACCCAUUCCUGAGGUUAAAGAUGGGGAAGUGAGGCAAAGGAAAUUUCAGAGGGCCAAUCAAAUGAUAAGAGAUAGAUUUGAUGAAUGGGAAGAAGCAUAUAGGACUGAAACUGAGCAGCGGAAAGUUGAUGAAAUGUUUAUGAGGGAGGCACUCCUGGAAGCCAAAAAAGCUGCCAGCAAUUGGGAGGUUCCUGUUGGGGCAGUGCUCGUGCAGGGUGGAAAGAUAAUUGCUCGUGGAUGCAACCUAGUAGAAGAAUUGCGUGAUUCCACUGCCCAUGCAGAAAUGAUUUGCAUACGGGAGGCUUCUAAUGUCCUUCGGUCUUGGAGACUUUCGGAUACCACACUGUAUAUUACACUUGAACCAUGUCCAAUGUGUGCUGGAGCAAUACUCCAAGCUAGGAUUGAUACUGUUGUUUGGGGAGCUCCCAAUAAGCUUCUCGGUGCUGAUGGCAGCUGGAUUAGGCUUUUCCCCGAUGGAGAUGGAGGAGAUGGUCAGCAAUCAACAGAUAAACCGCCUGCUCCAGUUCAUCCGUUCCACCCGAACAUGACUAUUAGACGAGGAGUAUUGGCCUUAGAGUGUGCAGAGGCAAUGCAGCAAUUCUUCCAACUUCGUAGAAAGAAGGAAAAGAAGUCAGAGUCUCCGCCAUCUCGCGAUUCUCGCCUUCCCCUUUCAAGACAUCCAAACAAAUUUCUCUCUAAGAUGCAUGAUGCCUUCCAUCUUAUGUUCUGUUUGUAAUCAGAACUCCUUGCUGUAAAAUUCCAUUAAGAGCUGUAAACUGUGAUGGAACCUAGUUGGCUAUUUUAUUUGAUGUCACUGGUGCCAAAUUUUUCAUAUGAUUCAUUUCAAGUUUGGCUCACUGAUGAUGUUGCAAUAGAAUGGUACAAAUCAAUCCAAGUGAUUUUAGUUUUUCUUUUUUAUAAUAAAAGUUGUGCUUCAUAUAUA